UGACCGCAUGUAACAUGUAAACAAAACAACGUGUGGGACGGAGGUGUGAUUACUGUGUUGUUUGAGGAAGACUGCUGCGUCACACUACAAGUCACCUCACAACAUGUCUAGAAUAGUGGUGAAGAACCUCCCGAAACAGAACCUCACUUGAUGCUGGAGUUUUAUAUAUGGACAGUGCAUAUAUAGGUCAAGAUGAACUGAAGAAACACUUCAGCCUAAAGGGAAACAUCACAGAUGUAAGAUUGAUCUACAAAAAUGGGGAGUUUCGCCGGUAUGCUUUCAUCGGCUUUGAGGGCGAAGGUGAUGCCAGUGCAACAUGUGAUCACUUCCACAACACCUUCAUCAAGCAGGCCAGACUGACGGUGGAGAUGUGUCAUGACUUCAGUAGUGAGGAAAGGCCAAAGUCAUGGGCAGAGAAGAAAAAGAAACAUAAAGAAAAAAAGUCCGAAGAAUCACAGUUGAAGGAAGCAAAUGGUAAUAACAACAUUGAAACAGAGGCAAAGAAGGAAGGAAAGAAAAAGAAAGAGAGGAAAAAAGAUAAAGACUCCUUGAAAGAAAACUUACUGGGACAGUACAAGAAUGAUCCAAGCUUUAGUGAUUUCCUGAAAGCCAACAAGAAGGGUGCAAAGGAGGAGGAAAGUGCUGCAGUCCUUGCUGAGCAGAACAGCAGUGAAUCAGAGGAGGAGGAGGAGGAAGAGAAAGAAGACAAAGUAGCUCAGAAAAAGGAUGUCUCAGAUCAUGAUUAUUUGAAGAGUCUGAUGAAAACUCUGCCCAAAGACAAGGAUCACAUAGAAGGCAAAAAACCACCGAAGAAAAAGGAGAAAAAGGAAUUCUACACAGUGGUGAUACGAGCUACAGAAAUGUGUAAAACCAAGCAGGGCAAAAGCCAAACCUUCUCCAAGAAGGCUGUUAAGGACUUUCUAAAGCCCCUCAAGUUCAAGAGUCUGAGGAUACCCAAGCAUGCAAGGAUGGUGGCUUAUGUGGGCUUUGAGACAGAGAAGGAAAUGAAGCAAUCACUCCAGAAAGAUAAGAGUUUUUUGAAUGGAGUCAGAGUUCACAUUGUCAAAUAUGGAAAGUCCCCAGACAACAGUGAUACUAGCAGCCAAGGCAUCAACAAGCCAUGGGCUGCAAAGGAAGAGGCAUUGAAGCAGGCAGAAUCUGUGGCAGAGUCUGGCAAACUGUUUGUGCGAAACCUUUGGUUCUCUGUCACAGAGGAUCUUCUACAGGAACUGUUUCAAAAAUAUGGUGAGGUCAUAGACAUCACGUUGCCCAUCUGUAAGCACACACGCCGGGCCAAGGGCUUUGCUACUGUCACCUUCAUGUUCCCAGAGCAUGCAGUGAAGGCAAUGACUGAGCUGGACGGCUCAAACUUCAAAGGGAGAGUACUGCACAUUCUUCCAGCCAUUGAGCCGAAGAUUGAGGAGAAACGGAAUGAAAACCUGAGUUUCAAGGAGAAGAAAGCUCAGGAGAAAAAGGCCACUGCAGGAUCGUGGCACAACUGGAAUACGUUGUUCAUGGGUAGCAGUGCCGUGGUGGAUAUCAUGGCAGAGCGCUACAAUAGGUCCAAACAGGAGAUUCUUGAUUCUGAAGGAAAGCAAAGUGUUGCUGUCAACCUGGCCUUGGGGGAGACCCAGGUGGUGGACGAAAUGAAGCGCUUUUUAGAAGAGAAUGGAGUGUCCCUGGAGGCAUUCUCUACCCCUGGUGUUCAGCGAUCCAAAACUGUAUUCCUGGUGAAAAAUCUUCCUGCCAAAACUACCUCUAAGGAGCUGGUGGAACUGUUUGGCAAGUUUGGUGAGCUGGGUCGUGUGGUCCUUCCUCCUACCGGUGUGACAGGCAUUGUUGAGUUUCUGGACUCUGGUGAAGCAAAGAAAGCAUUCCGCAACUUGGCCUACUCUAGGUUCAAAAGUCUGCCACUUUACUUGGAAUGGGCCCCAAUCCAAGUGUUCAAGACAGACUUUGUAGCCAAGUCAGAGGAGACUAAGGAGACUGACAAGAACAUUGAAGAUGAUGAAACUACCAAAAAAGAAGAACCAUCAUCAGAUUCUCACCCAUCCCCUGAAACAGACACCACCGUCUAUGUCAAGAACCUAAACUUUUCCACAACAGAAGACCUGCUCAAACAGCACUUUGAGAAAAUUGGAGUUGUUAGCUCAGUGUUGAUAGCCAAACGACGUGGAGCAUCUCAAGGUUAUGGGUUUGUGCAAUUCCUGAGGAAAGCAGAUGCAAAGAAAGCUUUAAGGGAGAUGAAUGAGUCAACCCUUGAAGACCACAAGCUUCAGAUCAAGCUGUCAGAGAAAACUUUGGUAACUUCUCUGAAGAGUGCAAGGAGGAUGCAUGAUGCAGGGAAACAGACUUCUUCCAAGAUAAUGGUUAAGAACAUUCCCUUCCAAGCCACAGCUAAGGAAGUGAGACAGUUGUUUGCAACAUUUGGGGAGCUGAAAUCUGUCCGUCUGCCUCAGAAACCAGAAAGCAAUGAGCACCGAGGGUUUGGCUUUGUUGAUUAUGUGUCUAGACAGGAUGCCAAGAAAGCUUUUGAGGCUGUAGGACUGAGCACACAUUUAUAUUCCCGCCGGCUGGUGCUGGAGUGGGCCAAGGAGGAGGAGACAGUAGAGGAACUGAGGAAGCGGACAGCAGAACACUUUCUUGGUGGAGGACCCAAGAAGAAAACCAAGGUUCAGAUGGAUUCAAAGAAGAAUGAGGACUCUGAUAAUGAUUAAUUUAAGGUACAUUUGUGCUAAUUUUUGUAAUAAAACUACUACUCAAUUAA